CUGUAUGACCGAUCUGGUCAGCCUUACUACACAAUUGCCAAGGGCUGGAGAAACUAUCCUUGGACAUAAGUUUUUCAUUGGUUUUGGUGGGAAAGGAGCCAACCAGUGUGUCCAGUCUGCUCGACUUGGGGCCAAGACCUCGCUGAUCUGCAAGGUUGGGAAGGAUUCCUUUGGCAAUGAUUAUGUUGAAAAUUUGAAGAAGAAUGGUAUUUCUACAGCAUUUAUAGGUCAGACUACAGAUGCUGCUACUGGAACUGCUUCAAUAAUUGUCAACAGUGAAGGACAGAAUGUUAUUGUCAUAGUCCCAGGAGCCAACCUGCUUUUAAAUUUUGAAGACCUGAAGAGGGCUUCUGAUGUCAUCUGUAAAGCCAGAGUGGUUGUUUGCCAGCUAGAAAUAACCCCUGCUGUUUCUCUUGAAGCUCUGAAAAUGGCACGUGCCAGUGGAGUAAAGACUUUAUUUAAUGCAGCUCCAGCCCUUGCUGACCUAGAUCCACAAUUUUAUACCCAUUCUGAUAUCUUCUGCUGCAAUGAAACUGAGGCAGAAAUUUUAACGGGCAUCCCAGUUGGCAACCUUGAAGAUGCUGAAAAAGUGGGAUGCAUGCUGUUAGAAAGAGGGUGUAAGCUCGUAAUUAUUACUCUUGGAGCAGAAGGCUGCAUGAUGAUAUCGGUAGAAGAACCCAUUCCAAAGCACGUUCCUGCUGGGAAGGUCAGAGCUGUGGACACUACAGGAGCUGGAGACAGUUUUGUGGGAGCACUGGCCUUCUACCUGGCUUACUAUCCCAAGUUACCCAUGGAGGAAAUGAUCAGGAAGUCUAACUGCAUUGCAUCAGUGAGCGUCCAGGCAUCAGGGACACAAUCUUCAUAUCCUUACCGGAAGGACUUGCCUCAGGACCUUUUCUAA